UUUGCUUCUUUAGCUCAUCUCCGAAGCUAAAAAAAAAAAAAAUCGAAGAAAAGGUUGAUAACGACGAUCGCGUAUCGGAUCUGGGGUUUAGGAAGAUCGUGAGGCGAUGUUCUUGGUAGAUUGGUUCUACGGCGUGCUAGCUUCGCUAGGUCUAUGGCAGAAAGAAGCCAAGAUCUUGUUUCUAGGUCUCGAUAACGCUGGUAAAACCACCUUGCUUCACAUGUUGAAAGACGAGAGAUUAGUGCAGCAUCAACCAACUCAGCAUCCAACCUCGGAAGAACUUAGCAUUGGCAAAAUCAAAUUCAAGGCUUUUGACUUGGGUGGUCAUCAAAUCGCAAGAAGAGUGUGGAAAGAUUACUAUGCUAAGGUUGAUGCUGUGGUCUACUUAGUGGAUGCUUAUGACAAAGAGAGAUUUGCAGAAUCAAAAAAGGAGCUUGAUGCACUCCUCUCUGACGAAUCCUUAGCCACUGUCCCAUUCCUCAUCCUAGGGAACAAAAUCGAUAUUCCUUACGCUGCAUCUGAGGACGAGCUUCGGUUCCACCUUGGUCUCUCCAAUUUCACCACCGGUAAAGGCAAAGUGAAUCUAACUGAUUCGAAUGUGAGACCGUUGGAGGUGUUUAUGUGCAGCAUUGUUCGAAAAAUGGGUUAUGGUGAAGGCUUCAAGUGGCUAUCUCAAUACAUCAAAUAGACAGGCGCCAUCGGCAAGUCUAUAGUAUCCUUCUCCUUCCUCUGUUUCUCGUAUUUUGCUUCUCCUACUUUAGCUGUUCUGUCUUGUUUGCUUACAACCUUGUUACCUGUUGGUUUAUUUAGAUUCCUACUCUGAAUAUAUUCCAUCAGGUUCUUUUGUAAUUUCAUCUGCGGAUGAUCUGAUCUUUAAGAUUCGACGUCGUUUCUUGUUUAGUGUGUUUAAAAUAAAUAAAAAUGUUACCUA